AUGUCUCAUGACCACGCGGACUCUGAGCUGAAGAUGGAACCGCCUUCAAAUGGAAAUGGCAACGCCAUGAUCAAGAACAGUGACUCGCGUCCAUCCUCGCGUAUCUCCUCGCGUACCUCUCAAUCACCACUCCCCAAGAAGGAGCUUUCCCCAUCCCCCGAUACCGCCACCGCCGCCAUGAAGAACGAUCCAGACAUCAAGCAAGAGCGUCCGAAGCUCUCUCGCAGCUCAUCAAAGGUGUCGCGACCCCCACCGCUCUAUGACCACUUGCCGGACAGCACCAAAGAUGCGCUGGCCACUUUCGAGCAGAUCGCUGCUUGCCAGUACGCCAACAAAUACAUGGGAUACACCGAGCUGGCCAUGGAGUGCGAUUGCGCCGAAGAGUGGGAUUCGAGUUUAGGUCAAAAUUUAGCCUGUGGCGAGGACUCCGAUUGUAUCAACCGCGCGACCAAAAUCGAGUGUGCGGGCGACUGCGGCUGUGGCGCGGAUUGUCGCAACCAACGAUUCCAGAAGGGUCAAUUUGCCUCCGUGGCCGUGAUCAAGACUGAAAAGAAGGGGUUCGGAUUGCGCGCGGAAACGAAUCUUCACGAAGGAGAUCUGAUUUACGAAUAUGUUGGGGAGGUCGUGGCGGAGCAGCAAUUCCGGAAGCGCAUGAGGCAGUAUGACGAAGAGGGCAUCAAGCACUUUUAUUUCAUGUCCUUGAGCACAGGCGAAUUUGUCGAUGCGACCAAGCGUGGUAACCUGGGCCGGUUCUGCAACCACUCUUGCAAUCCUAACUGUUUUGUUGACAAAUGGGUCGUGGGAGAGAAGAUGCGCAUGGGAAUCUUUGCCGAGCGAGCCAUCCAGGCAGGCGAAGAACUGGUCUUCAACUACAAUGUUGACCGAUACGGUGCCGAUCCUCAACCCUGCUACUGCGGAGAACCGAUGUGCACUGGUUUCAUCGGUGGACGCACUCAGACUGAGCGUGCGACGAAGUUGUCCAACUCGACAAUGGAAGCCUUGGGUAUGGACGACGAAGAAGACGGUUGGGAUACCGUGGUCGCGAAGCGGCCCAAGAAGAAGAAGACGGGCGAGGAUGACGACGAGUACGUUGAAAACGCACAGCCCAAGUCCUUAUCAGAGGACAGUGUCACCAAGGUCAUGGCAGCUCUGGUGCAGUGCCAGGAGAAAUGGAUCGCUGUCAAACUUCUCGGUCGUAUCCAACGCUGCGAGGACGAGCGUGUGCGCAGUCGUGUGGUCAAAAUGCACGGUUAUCAAAUUCUCAAUGCCCAGCUCACUCAAUGGAAGGAGGAUUACAACGUGGUGUUGCAGAUCCUCAAUAUCCUGGACUCCUUCCCCCGACUCACUCGAAACAAAAUCAUAGACUCCAAGAUCGAAGCUAAUAUCCAGCCGUUGACGACCUGUGGAGAUGAGCGCGUGGCAGAGAAGGCUGCUAAACUGCUUGCAAGCUGGGCUGGGCUGAAAAUUGGGUACCGAAUCCCACGCACGAAGCGAGGUCAAGAUGCGAAGCAGGCAGUCAACCAGUUCGAGCGUCGCGAGACUGGAGUUCAGCAGCGCCAACGAUCUGUCACCCGUUCCCCAUCCCCUGUUUACGAUGCUCCCCGGGGACCGGCGCAGCAACGACGCGAUCGGGGCCCUCAGCGUGGACCCAGACAACAGAACCGCCGCGGUAAUUGGCCUUUGCCUGAUGGAUGGUUCACUGCAGAGUCAGAUGGCCGCACUUACUAUUAUUCUGCUUCCGGAAAAACAACAUGGGAACGUCCAACUGCCCCGGCCACACCGGCUACAGCGCCAGGCCAACCCUCCAAGAACCAGCAGAAUCUGGCCUUGCAGAAGGUCAUUGAUGGCAUCAUGAAUGCUCGGGAGGACACGCCGUCUGAGAAAAAGACCGACUCACCGGCCACGCCUCAGCCAGCUGAUCUUCCGGAAAAGAAGAGCAAGGAGACGGAGAAGUGGAGAAAGCUUCCUCUGGAAAAGCAGAAGAAGAUUUACGAGAACACACUUUUCCCCCAUAUCAAAGGCGUGGUCGACCAAUACAAGCACAAAAUCCCGAAGGACAAGCUGAAGCGAUUUGCCAAAGAUACCGCAAAGAAGCUCGUGGAAAGUGACUACAAGAAGAAUCGCGUGACCGAUCCCACCAAGAUCAGCAGCAAGCACCAACAGACCGUUAAAAGCUACUGCAAGACUUUCUUCGACAAAGCGGCGACCAAAUACGAGGCUAUCGAAAAGCUCAAGUCCAUGAAGUCUCAGGAUGCGACACCCACCCCCACCGCUGAUGUUGACGACGCCGUCGAUAUCCAGCUUCUUGACGAUGAUACUGCCCUUCCCUCCCCCGAGGAUGAUGAGGUAUCCCUCAAGCGGAAACAUGAGGAAACCCUGCAUGUCGACCGCGCCGACGAGGUCGGUGACGGCGACAUCAGCAUGGCAAACGCCAGUCAAUCACCCAAGGAUACCGACAUGAACAUGGAGACGCCAAACCAGAACCCCCAGACCAGCAUUGAGUAG